CCACUGGGCUGUGCCCAGGUUCAGAGCCAUGCCAAUCGGUGGGUGAAACUCGAGGCAGUGAUGGAGCCACUGCAGCAACAGAAGCAGCCGCCGCCACCGCCACCGCCACCGCCACCACACCUGGCUCCUCUGCAGAUGGAUGCCAGGGAGAAGCAGGGACAACAGAUGAGGGAAGCCCCAUUCUUAUAUGCCCAGAAGUUGGUCGUGCAGCAGACUCUCCUUUCCGCCACCCCUGGGAGGUCUUCUGGCAGCCCUGCCCUGGGGCCCUUAGCCAGAGUUCCACCAGCCACAGCAGUGGCCCGAGUGUUUGAACGGAGCAACGUGAACUCAGAGCCUGAGGAAGAGGAAGGAGGUCUGGAAGAUGAGGAUGGGGAUGAUGAAGUUGCAGAGGUGGCUGAGAAAGAGGCCCAGGCUCCUUCAAAGUAUUUUCAUGUGCAGAAAGUGGUUCGCCAGGACCCCAGAGCAGCACCCGUGUCCGGUCUGCUUCCAGCGCCGGGGCUCCCGCCGCGGGGACAGCAAGCUAAAGAAGACCAUACCAAAGAUGCUUCCAAGGCCCCACCUUCCGUCUCCACAGCUGGGCAGCCGAGCUGGAAUCUGGAUGAGCAGCUCAAGCAGAAUGGUGGUUUGGCCUGGAGUGAUGAUGCGGACGGAGGCCGGGGAAGAGAGAUCUCUCGAGAUUUUGCCAAGCUGUAUGAACUGGACAGUGAUCCGGAAAGGAAAGAGUUCCUGGAUGACCUCUUCGUCUUUAUGCAGAAGAGGGGGACUCCCAUCAACCGAAUCCCCAUCAUGGCCAAGCAGAUCCUGGACCUAUAUAUGCUGUAUAAGCUGGUGACGGAGAAGGGGGGCCUGGUGGAGAUCAUCAACAAAAAAAUCUGGCGGGAGAUCACCAAAGGCCUGAACCUGCCCACAUCGAUCACCAGCGCCGCCUUUACCCUGAGGACCCAGUACAUGAAGUAUCUCUAUGCCUACGAGUGUGAGAAAAAAGCCUUGAGCUCCCCGGCCGAGCUCCAGGCAGCCAUCGACGGCAACCGGCGGGAGGGCCGGCGGCCCAGCUACAGCUCCUCCCUCUUUGGCUACUCGCCUGCUGCUGCCACUGCUGCCACCGCCGGGGCCCCCGCCCUGCUCUCCCCACCCAAGAUCCGCUUCCCCAUCCUCGGGCUGGGCUCCAGCAGUGGCGCCAAUGCCAGCAGCCCUCGGAUAUCCCCAGCAACCACUCUCAGGAAAGGUGAUGGAGUCCCAGUGACGACGGUGCCUGUGCCAAACCGCCUGGCUGUGCCCGUGACCUUGGCAGGCCAGCAGGCCGGGCCCCGGACGGCCGCGCUGGAGCAGCUGCGGGAGCGGCUGGAGUCAGGGGAGCCCCCGGAGAAGAAGGCCUCCCGGCUGUCGGAGGAGGAGCAGCGCCUGGUGCAGCAGGCCUUCCAGCGCAGCCUGUUGAGCAUGGCGCGCCAGCUGCCCAUGAAGAUCAGGAUCAACGGCAGGGCAGAAGACAGAACAGAGGCCUCGGCCGCAGCGCUGAACCUGGCCACAGGCAGCAUCGGGAGCAUCAACAUGUCCGUGGACAUCGAUGGCACCACCUACGCAGGUGUGCUGUUUGCCCAGAAGCCCGUGGUCCACCUCAUCGCAGGGUCUGCCGCCCAGAGCAUGGGCGGCAGCGGCAGCGGCAGCUCUCACUGCUCAGCCAGUCCUACCUCGUCCCGGGGCACCCCCAGCGCGGAGCCCUCCACCAGCUGGUCCCUCUGA